UUGUAGGAGGGCUUGCCAGAGAGGAGUGCUGGGAGAAAGGGCUGGCACAGAGGAGGGCACAGGUAGCCCAGCUCUAAGAAAGAAAGACAGAGAGAGCACCAGCCCGCCAGUAGCAGGGAAGACCCACAGGAGCCCCACAGAGGGGCACAGACAUCAGGGAUCAUGGCUGAGAAGACCUCCGAGGAGACCCGGCUGUGGAAUAAGCCCAUACUUCAGGAUGCUUCGCAGGGCCUCCAGGACAGCUUGUUCUCCUCUGAAAGUGACAACAGCCUGUAUUUCACCUACAGUGGCCAGUCCAACACUCUGGAGGUCCGAGAUCUCACCUAUCAGGUGGACAUCGCCUCUCAGGUGCCUUGGUUUGAGCAGCUGGCUCAGUUCAAGAUACCUUGGCGGUCUCACAGCAACCAAGACUCCUGUGAUCUGGGAAUCCAGAAUCUGAGCUUCAAAGUGAGGAGUGGGCAGAUGCUGGCCAUCAUAGGAAGCUCAGGCUGUGGGAGAGCCUCACUACUAGAUGUGAUCACGGGCAGAGACCACGGUGGCAAGAUAAAAUCGGGACAGAUCUGGAUCAAUGGGCAACCCAGCACUCCCCAGCUGGUGCGGAAAUGUGUGGCGCACGUGCGCCAGCAAGACCAGCUGCUCCCUAACCUGACUGUCAGAGAAACGCUGGCUUUCAUUGCCCAGAUGCGCCUGCCCAGGAGCUUCUCUCAGGCCCAGCGUGACAAAAGGGUAGAGGACGUGAUUGCGGAGCUGCGGCUGAGGCAGUGCGCCAACACCCGUGUGGGUAACACAUAUGUGCGUGGGGUGUCUGGGGGUGAACGCCGGAGAGUGAGCAUCGGGGUGCAGCUUCUGUGGAACCCAGGAAUCCUCAUUCUGGAUGAACCCACUUCCGGCCUUGACAGCUUCACUGCCCACAACCUGGUGAGAACCCUGUCCCGCCUGGCCAAAGGCAACAGGCUGGUGCUCAUCUCCCUCCACCAGCCUCGCUCUGACAUCUUCAGGCUGUUUGACCUGGUCCUUCUGAUGACAUCCGGCACGCCUAUCUACCUGGGGGCCGCGCAACAUAUGGUGCAGUACUUCACAGAAAUUGGCUACCCUUGUCCUCGCUACAGCAAUCCUGCCGACUUCUACGUGGACUUGACCAGCAUUGACAGGCGCAGCAAAGAACAGGAAGCGGCCACCGUGGAAAAGGCUCGGUCACUUGCAGCCUUGUUCCUAGAAAAAGUGCGAGGCUUCGAUGACUUUCUGUGGAAAACAGAGACGAAGGAACUCAACACGGGUACCUACACAGUCAGCCAGACCCUCCCACAGGACGCGGACUGCAGAGCUACUGCUAAGCUGCCUGGAGCGAUACAACAGUUUACCACCCUGAUCUGUCGUCAGAUUUCCAAUGACUUCCGAGACCUGCCCACCCUGCUCAUCCACGGGGCGGAAGCCUGCCUGAUGUCCCUCAUCAUCGGGUUCCUUUACUAUGGCCAUGAUGUCAAGCCGCUCUUCUUCAUGGACACGGCAGCCUUGCUGUUCAUGAUAGGAGCGCUCAUCCCUUUCAAUGUCAUUCUGGAUGUUGUCUCCAAAUGUCAUUCGGAGAGAUCAAUGCUGUACUAUGAACUGGAAGAUGGACUGUACACUGCUGGUCCAUAUUUCUUCGCCAAGGUCCUUGGCGAACUGCCUGAGCACUGUGCCUAUGUCAUCAUCUAUGGGAUGCCCAUCUACUGGCUGACCAACCUGCGGCCACUCCCUGAGCUCUUCUUCCUACACUUCAUGCUUCUGUGGCUGGUGGUCUUCUGCUGCAGGACCAUGGCCCUGGCUGCCUCCGCCUUGCUGCCCACCUUCCACAUGUCCUCCUUCUUCUGCAACGCCCUCUACAACUCCUUCUAUCUAACUGCAGGCUUCAUGAUAAACUUGGACAACCUGUGGAUAGAGUGCUCCCCGGGCUCAGGGUCUCUGGUGUGGGGCUGGUUGAGUAUACGCAGCAUAAUGAAAUGGCGAUCUAGAACUGGUCGGGACCAAGCAUUACCAGCAUGGAUUUCCAAACUGUCCUUCCUCCGCUGGUGUUUCUCGGGGCUAAUGCAAAUUCAAUUCAAUGGAUACCCUUACACAGUGCAGGUCGGCAACCACACCUUCACAGUUCCCGGAGAAAAGAUGACUGAUAUCAUGGACCUGAACUCGCACCCGCUCUAUGCUAUCUACCUCAUCGUCGCUGGCAUCAGCUGUGGCUUCCUGUUCCUGUACUAUCUGUCCUUAAAGUUCAUCAAACAGAAGUCACUUCAAGACUGGUGAUGCUCCCGUCGGCGGGACCCUUCUCCCAGGGCUGACCGCCUCCCGCGGAGCCCCACUGACACCAGUGAGGACAAAGAUUACUCAGAUCCCAGCAGCAUGCGCCCCUUGGUGCUGCAGUGGCAUAGGUCAGCCACAGGAUGGCAGUAGAAUAAAGACAGUUGAAAGGGAUUUUUGAUCACUGGCCUGGGCUUGUGAUGGGAGGAAAAAAUGGGGACUUGGUGGCACCUGCAAUGUUGCUCAUUUAUGUUCGUUGGUUAUAUCUUUAUGUAAACAACCCAGUAUGGAAUGGGAGCCACUUAGAUAUAAAUUGAGUAGCCAGACUAUGCAGAAAUUUCUGGAAUUUCUAUUAAACCAGAAAGAAUAGUGAUUUAAUAGUAAAAUGUUCAGUUUUAUCUCCCACCGUCCUCAUACCCUAUGUUAAGCCAUUCCCACUACAGAAGGUGACCUAAAACAGACCAGCAAAAUGCCUUCUCUUGUCUUUGUGUGGAUCCAUAGACUCUAAACCCCAAAGUUGAACAAUUAAGAGCUUAUCGAAUGUCUUCUCCGUGGUUGCUUUGUGGUGGAAUAAAAACAUCCUGAGGUCUUUGAGGGCCAGAGAGCAGAUACUGGUUUUAGAUUCCAAGAAGCUUCUAGAAACAGAAGUUAAAGAGGUUAUGCCAGGCCUCAGAGUUGCACCCCCGUCCCACUGUCUGGGUCUCAGGAUUAACCUUAACUAACCUUUCCUAAUGGCCAGCGGAUAGAUUGCUUGAACACCCUGGCUAUAUGCUAUACGCCUGUAUCGAGGCGCUUCUGACUCUAGGCACAGGGAUGGGAGGGGGUGUUCCCACAGGAUAACUAGAGUCAGUAACUCAAAGAAACAGUGACGAAGGUGUUUGGGGCCAAGAGAGAUGUUCUCCCCCAGUCCCCCAAGAGCCCAUGUCUAGUGUGGUCCCUGGCCAGCAUUAGAACAUCACUGGUUACAGAUGAGAUAGGCAGAAUCCCAGGGCCACCCAGACCCAUGGACUCAGCAUCCGUGUGUUCAGGCUACCCUGUGACUUAAGUGCAGACCUCAGUGUGAGCAGCGACUGUCCUUCCCAGCACCCAGUAGACUCUGGGAGUCCACACAGUCCCGUUGCCACCGUUCGGUACACAGAUGCCACUCAAGAUCCAAAAAGAAGGAGCUGGAGAGAUGGCUCAGUGGUUAAGAGCAUUGCCUGCUCUUCCAAAGGUCCUGAGUUCAAUUCCCAGCAACCACAUGGUGGCUCACAACCAUCUGUAAAGAGGUCUGGUGCCCUCUUCUGGCCUUCAGGCAUACACACAAAACAGAAUAUUGUAUACAUAAUAAAUAAAUAAAUAUUUAAAAAAAAAAAAAGAUCCAAAAAGAGUUCCAGUGUUCUUCCUCCUCAUCCAGACCAGAGUCAAGGGCACCGUUUGAUUGUCGUGUCUCUUUGGUUUCUCUCAGUUUGGAAAGCUCCUCAAUGCCCCUGACUCUAGGCUUGGGUUUAUGUGGUGUAUUUAAGGAUUAAGUCUAGGCCGGGCACCUUUGGUCAGGAUACCCAGAAAUGGCAUUGCUUUAAUGCAUCACAGUAAGCGGCGUGUGCUUUCCACUUGUUGCACACGGAGGCGCACUUUGGUGGCCUGAUGGAAGGCCUGUCUGUCGGACUCCCACUUGUUCCGUGUUCCCUCCUUUGAUAACGAAUAAACCUUUUGAGUGCC